GCAACACUAGUGGUUAAAUAUUUUGUUAAAUAUGAAUGUUUUGUUUUGAUGUGGCGUUUUUGUUGAAUAAUUAAGAAUUUCUGUUAAAAAAUGGCAAAUAAUUUGGAUUUCAAUAAAAUAUGUCGAGCCUGUUUGUUAGAUACAGGUCCAAUGUCUGAUUUAUUCACAGUGUGUAGCCCUGAAACGUUCGAAUAUUGUACUUCUGUCAAGAUUACUGUGGGAGAUUCGUUACCAAAUAAAGUUUGUCAGGCAUGUCUUAAUAUGCUCAAUAAGUUUUAUGAUUUCAAGCAACAGGUCAUCAAAUACAACCAACUUCUAAAGCAGUCUUUGCAACUUCAGGUAAAGAUGGAGAAUACAGAUACAGACACAAUAGAAAAUAAUUUGGCAGAAUUUGUUGAUAUUGUGCCCAUGGAUGGUGAGCCUUCUGUGAAUAAGAAUAUAGAACAAGAGGAGGGCAAAGAGAAAAUAAAAAAACGUCGGUACAGAAAAAAUGAAACCAGGCAAUUGUCGGCAAAGAAAACAAGAAUGAAAUGUCCAAAAUGUGAGAAGAAAUUUCACAGAUAUGAAAAUUUCGAAGCUCAUAUGAGAAGCCAUUUCGGAAAACAGCCGGAUAUCAAAUGCGAGCAUUGCAAUAAGCCAUUUCCCACGUUCCGUCACCUUACCAGCCACAUGCGGUCACACAGUGCGGACCGCAAGUACCAAUGUCUCACGUGCGGCAAGAACUUCGCUUAUCUCAACGUGCUGAAGAACCACGAGCUGAUUCACGCGGGCAUUAAGAACUAUGCGUGCCAUUUGUGCGACGCCAAGUUUGUUCAGCCGCAUAAUUUGAAGACACAUCUAACGACGCAUACCAACAGUAAAAACUACGAAUGCCCGAAGUGCGGAAAGAGGUUCUCACAAGCUGGCAACCUGAAAACGCAUCUCAUUCGGCACACGGGAAUCAAGAACAUCGCGUGCAUUAUAUGCGAUAUGAAAUUCUUUAUAAAGGGCGACAUGUACAGACACAUGGCAUCACAUUCUGCAGAGAAGCCUUACUCGUGCGAAGUCUGCGGCAAAACGUUCAAGAGUAAGAGUUUCCAACGAGUACACAUGAGGGCACACACAGGUGAACGCCCAUACGCCUGCGACAUGUGCCCGAAAAAGUUUAUGGCGCCAAAAGACAGGCGGAACCAUCGCAUGACGCACACUGGCGAAAAACCACACAAAUGUACGCUGUGUGACCAGGCCUUUAUUCAGAAAAGUACACUUAACAGGCACAUGAAAGGCCACUGUAAAAUGGAGGAGACAGUGAAACAGCAAGUUCAAGUUCGAACGAUUAUGCCUGUAACAGUUUCGUAUGAGAAUUGGGAAGAAGCGUGAAGUGUUUUUGCUACUUUUUAUGGGGGGCUAGCUACCUCCUGGUUGUUGUCACUUGCCAACUGACUAGAUACUUCCUUUUCUGCUCAACUGAAGCGUGGUCAAUUGCAUUAUAAAGAAGCGUGAUGGUAAUCAGUUGAGAAUUUCGGAGAGGUUCGGGACGAGAUGGUCAAGAGUAGUGGAAAAUAACGGUCGCUACUGUAUUCAAGUUAUUUAUGGUGCAUCAGUGAAGAAUAAUUGUUCAAUUGUAAUAAAUGGUUGAAUCGUGGAACUGAACAAAGAGAUUUUUAUUUAUUCUUUUUAAAUUGUAUUUAUUAUCUAGAGCCGAGGUUAUGGUGAAUGUGAAUGAUAUAAUAAAAUUUGGAUAUUUUGGUUAGGAGCGACCGAUGAAUAGUCUGAAGUUAAUAGAUCUCUGAUCUCAGUUCCAUGUUUGCAUACUUACUCCAUUGUAUUUUUAAAGAAUAUAGCAAGUUAUAACGGGGACGACGUGAUAAAAUUUUGAUCUCGCUCUUUACUAAAAUUUGCCAUGAGCCGGCA